AUGGAGAGUUCGUCUCGAUCUCCCUGCAUUUGCAAGCUGCUGCCGAUGCUGAUGCUUCACGUCGUCCUGCUCGCUCCUCCGCUGCUCCAAGCUCGGCCGCUCGCGCUCGGACAUGGACAUCGUCUGCUGGAGUCGUCGCCGCCGGUUAUAAUGCUGCCGACCGACGACGGCGAGGCCGUGGCCGCCGCCUCGCCGGGACUGGAUGUGCCGGGACAGCUGGGACGAUCCGGCGGGGCGCCGCCGCCGCCUCAGUCAAAUCGGCCGGUGACGCCGCUGGCCGGGGUCGACGGCGGCGUGUCGGGGGGGAGGGCGCCGACCAAUACUCCGCCGUCGCCUCAGCCGGGUGGGUCGACGAAGCCGCUCUCCGACGACGACGGGAAGCCGCCGCUGGGGAUCGCUCCGCCGUCGCCGCAGGGAAACAAGCCGCCUAUCACGUCUCCACGUCUCCGAACAAGCACGGAUCCCCCGCUCCGGCCGCCGGCGCCGGCGGAUGAUGCCGCCGGUUUGCUCCGCCUGAUCCGCGACGCCGUCGAAUACGUGAUCGGCGAACUCGAAGCCUGA